UGCACGUGUGGAUUGGGAUAUUUAUUUACUUUAACAGUGCAAAAGGAUCUUCCCAGCCUCAAGCAAGGGUGUUUCUAACAUUCAAUGGGCAGUGGUAUUUAUGAGAGCAAUGAAAAUCUGUACCUUGAUGAUGUCAAAGAGGAUGGAAGGGUUAACUGGGCACCAGUGCAUCCUGCUGCUUACUUCUGAGCACGCUGGGGCAAAGAGACAUUCUUCUUCAUUCUCUGAAUUUCCUUUGAAGCACAUCUCUGCUAGUGGACAUGUCUGUGGCUAUUCCAAAAAGUCUACUUUCUGGGCCAAAGGCCUUACAUUUUAUAUGUGGGACAAUUUGCCAAGACUUACAUACACAACCAAAAAAUAGCUUUUUUUAGAGAACUUUAGAACUGAAUUAUCUUUUCUUUUGUUCCUGUUUUUCAUGUUGUUUUUUCUUUUCAGAGUGGUGAUGAAUCUAUGCAUUGUAAUAGCAUUUUAAUGCUAGUAGGAAGCAGAAGUGACAAAUAGUUUUGUACACAUUCAGAACAUUAAGUAUUGCAAGACUAACAAACAUCAAAUAAAAAGCAAGUCACAAAACUCAAGACCCUGUCAGUGGACUUCAAUGUCAGUGACAAGAUGUAGAAGUAACAAGACUUUUUCACUUCACAUGUUCUACUUGGAGGCUGCCCUGGGCUGAAAACUGGGUUGCUAGAUUGCAUGCUUACUUCUCUCUAGAAUAUGUUUAGAGCUGCAAGAAACUAAGACCUCCGAGUAUCACAGAAUAUCCCACAGUCCCCUGGAUUACAGGAUAUUAUUCAUGGAUGAAGAUCAGGAUCGGAUCUAUGUGGGCAGCAAAGAUCAUAUUCUGUCUUUGAAUAUUAAUAAUAUAAGUCAGGAUCCUCUCAGUAUUUUCUGGCCAGCAUCAGCAAACAAGGUCGAAGAGUGCAAAAUGGCUGGCAAAGAUCCUACACACGGCUGUGGAAAUUUUGUGCGUGUGAUACAGUCGUACAACCGCACACAUCUGUAUGUCUGCGGCAGCGGCGCCUUCAGCCCCGUCUGUGUCUAUGUCAACAGAGGACGCAGGUCUGAGGAGCAAGUUUUCAAGAUCGACUCCAAGUGUGAAUCAGGAAAGGGACGCUGUUCUUUCAACCCUAAUGUGAACACCGUGUCUGUUAUGAUUAAUGAGGAGCUUUUUUCAGGCAUGUACAUUGAUUUCAUGGGGACAGACGCAGCCAUUUUUCGGAGUCUGACCAGGAGGAACGCAGUGAGAACUGACCAGCACAACUCCAAGUGGCUGAGUGAGCCUAUUUUUGUGGAUGCUCAUGUUAUCCCUGAUGGCACUGACCCCAAUGAUGCCAAAAUCUACUUCUUCUUCAAAGAGAGACUCACAGACAACAGUGGCAGCACAAAGCAAAUCCAUUCAAUGAUUGCAAGAAUAUGCCCAAAUGACACAGGUGGUCAGCGCAGUCUCGUGAACAAGUGGACAACGUUCUUGAAAGCAAGACUUGUGUGCUCAGUAAUGGAUGAAGAUGGAACAGAAACAUACUUUGAUGAGUUAGAGGAUGUGUUUCUUUUAGAGACAGAUAACCCCAGAACAAUGCUUGUGUAUGGAGUUUUUACAACGUCAAGCUCCAUAUUUAAAGGCUCGGCUGUGUGUGUGUAUCACCUGUCUGACAUCCAGACUGUGUUCAAUGGGCCUUUUGCUCACAAGGAGGGCCCAAACCACCAGCUGAUUCCAUAUCAGGGCAGAAUUCCAUACCCACGACCUGGCACUUGUCCGGGAGGAGCCUUCACACCUAAUAUGCGGACAACCAAAGAGUUUCCAGAUGAUGUUGUGACCUUCAUCAGGAAUCACCCUUUGAUGUUUAAUCCCAUUUAUCCAAUACACAAGAGGCCAUUAAUCAUCCGGAUAGGAGCUGACUAUAAGUAUACAAAGAUCGCAGUGGAUCGAGUGAAUGCUGCUGAUGGGAGAUACCACGUCUUGUUUCUUGGGACAGAUCAAGGAACAGUACAAAAGGUUGUCGUUUUGCCCACCAACUUCUCUGCAAGUGGAGAGCUCAUUUUAGAAGAGAUGGAAGUUUUCCAGAGCAAUUCUCCUAUCACAACAAUGAAGAUUUCAUCUAAGAAGCAACAGUUGUAUGUGAGCUCAGAUGAAGGGGUCACCCAGGUAUCCUUGCAUCGCUGCCACAUCUACGGCACUGCCUGCGCUGACUGCUGCCUGGCUCGAGAUCCAUACUGUGCUUGGGAUGGCAACUCCUGCUCCAGGUUUUACCCCACAGGGAAAAGGAGGAGUCGUAGGCAAGACGUGAGACAUGGAAACCCUCUGACUCAGUGCCGAGGUUUCAACCUGAAAGCAUACAGAAAUGCUGCGGAAAUAGUUCAGUAUGGAAUAAAAAACAACACUACCUUUCUUGAAUGUACACCCAAAUCUCCUCAGGCUUCUAUUAAAUGGCUGCUACAGAAAGACAAUGACAGGAGGAAAGAGGUCAAGCUGAAUGAAAGGAUCAUAGCUACUGAGCAAGGACUCCUCAUUCGCUCUGUCCAAGAUACUGACAGAGGGCUUUACCACUGCAUCGCAACAGAGAACAGCUUCAAGCAAACCUUAGCAAAGAUCAAUUUCAAAGUGUUGGAUUCAGAGAUGGUGGCCUUCAUGACUGACAAGUGGUCACCUUGGACCUGGGCCAGCUCAGUGCGAGCAUUGCAGUUCCACCCAAAGGACUUUGUGGGAGCUUUCAGCCACUCAGAAAUGCAGAUGAUUAACCAGUACUGCAAAGACAGUCGACAGCAAGGUCAGCAGAGGGAGGAAUCCCAGAAGAUGAGAGGGGACUACAACAAGCUGAAGGCCCUUAUCAAUAGCAGGAAAAGUAGAAAUAGAAGGAAUCAAUUGCCUGGAUCUUAACUUUAUUUUGUAAUAGUAGAUAUCUUUGUCCUCACUGCAGAGGGCUUAUAUUUGUCUAUUGAGAACAAAUUUGAGCAAAUCUGAUAAAAAAAAAUUAAAUGAAAACCCAAGAAGCCUCAGAAAAGAUCCAUCUCCCAGUAAAAUGCAGUGUAACUUAACUAAAGAAAAUAAUUCAGAGCAUUUUCUUUCCUAGAUGCUUACUGACACUAAGCAGGACUCUGUUCUAGAAGAAGAACUAGGUAUUCGUCUUAAACCAGAUUCAUCUUUAACAUCUCAGUGUUUAAUUAGAGCUGAAUAGAGUUCAUUUACAACAGCAAUGCAUCAUCUUGAGACUCUGGAACUGUACCAACCAGACGGAUGGUGAAAGAAUCUGUGUUAAGAGGCAUGCUCAAAAUGGUGCUAAGAUGACCUUGCACUGCAUUUAAGAAUGAGUUUCUUCUUGUUUACUGUUCAAUACUGGGUUUGCAGAUUUCUCUCACUCUGUUCAACUCAUGUUGAAUGCAUGCCGACGGGAAGAAAGUAAACCAUAAUAGAAAUGUUCCAUUCAUUCAGAGGUCAAAUGAAGGAAUGAGUAGAAGAAAAACAAAAUUAUACUUUACCUGAGAAAACACUGAUUAUUGUGCAUAGUAUGAGUUGUAAUAAAUUAAUGAGUUCUGGAAUGUAACUUAAAAUAUCUGUGCUUAGAUUGAUUUUUAUUGAAAUGAGGUGUCCUGUAACACUACAAAGCUUUAUCAGUGGCACAAAGCUAACCUGAGAAUGUUCGUUAUAGACAUGAUUUAGAAAGCACCUAAGUGGCUUAGGUAUUCUGCCUGGUUUUCAAGAAAUUCAUUUUUUUUUCCAAAGGACAGAAUGGGCAUGCAAUAGAGUGUUGACUCAGACCUGAGAAAUAUAGAUUAUCCUUAAUGUGUCCCAUGGUUAAAUUGAAGCUGGCCUGCAGCGUGGAGACAAGUGGUGAGCGUCUUUGAAAGCUUUAAAAUGUUGUUGUUACAACCAUUUUCUCAAAAUGGCAAAGAUUUUUAAAUUAAACCUUUUCCAUUUUCCAGUCUUUGUAUUUUUUUUUUCCCAGUGUUAUUUUCACAGUUUCCUAUUAUUUUCAGUUUUCUGCUGAAAAGAAGAUCAGGAAAAGAAACGAACAAAAGAAUGAAGGGGAAAAUGAAAACUUAAAAAUGGGUUUGUGUCAUGACACAAGCUUGAGAGAAAUGUUUAAACAGAAAUAUUUCUAUUGAAGAAGCAGCUGUCAGGUCUAAUAAAAAUGGUUAAUCGAAAGUUGGGUAAGUGUUUAUCAAGCCAUGCUGGGGAAAACUAACAAUUUUUAGUUUAGUUUAGUUUGAGUAACACUAAUGCCAAAAAACAGGAACAAACUUCCUCGUUUCUCUGUGUAAGAGCAUUCAAAUGAGAUACUUAAUAGGGAUUAAUAAUGUAUGAGUACCCUAGAAGAGUUGUGAUUUAUUCCAUGAUGUUUUGUAAUAGGAUACAAAAAUAUUAGCCCAAAAUAGAGCUAUUUGCAAUAGCUCAGAACUGAGAUAUUGUAAACUGAACAACAAAAAGUAGUACAUUUAUGUGGGAAUAAAGAAAAAAAACCCUGAGUGAAAAUACUUUCUGAACCCAGGGAAGAUAAGAAAAAAUAUUUGUGAAGCCUUGUUAUAUCCAGACAGUAACUGCUGUAUUUUGAAACAAUUUAAAGCAUUUUAAUGGGUCUUUGUUGAAACUCUUGGGGCAUUUUUGGAGCCUUCUAAUUCUAUCAGAAUACUCUGGGAGUAAGUCUACAAGUUAUGAGAACACUCCUAGGUUUGUGCCUGUGUGAGGUAAGAUCUAGUACAAUGGAGGCAACUCUGGUAUGUACCUGAUUUCAGGCGUCUCACUUUGUCACCAGCUGAUGCAGAAUAAGAGGCAAAGGGGUCCUGAUUGAUCAAACCACUUAAACACUAAGUCCCACACGGGUGAGAGCUCUUCGUAUACAGUAUGUCUGCUUAAUGCUCACUUCAAAGGGGAUGGCAACGCCAACCUGCUCACAUAUUGCCAUCCAGUUAAGUUGUUUCCUUAAGGCCCUUCUCCAGAUGUGAAAAAAAAAUAUAUAUCAGGAAACUUUCUAUCUGUUUUCAGUGAGCUCAAGUCUGGCAAAUAAAAAGAAAGUAGAAUAAAACCAAAAUGAAACAAAAGUGCCAUGGUCUAGUUGAGUGGCUGGGGCUGGGGGAUAGCUUGGACUGGAUGAUCUUGGAGGUCUCUUCCAACCUGGCUAAUUCUAUGAUUCUGUGAUUCUAUGAAAAAAAAAUACCCAGAAAAGGGAAAAGAAAGGGUUUGAUUGUUGUUAUUUUUCCCAGAUGACUUUCAGUGCAGGAAACUACUUUGGUUUGGGUUUUUUGUUGUUGUUGUUUUUUCCUUUUGAGCAUGACUGACUUCUAAGUGCAUAAGCAACAAACCAAAAAAAUAGAGUGCCACAGAAUAGAACUACCUCCUGGAAAGACAUUAGUGCAUGUACUCUGUAAGCUUCCAUGCCCUUCCUCUUCCCCAGCAGAGUUAGUGUGAUAUUAAUGUCUAUCGUGAGGAUCAUAACUGCUUCCAGACGGACUACAGCGAUUAGUAAGUAUUUAAGGGUACAACUUACCCCUGAAGUGGUUAGGUACCUUGGUAUUUUAUCAGGCCUCCAUUAGGCCUGAGACAUUACAGUUACACUGUUUUCUGAUAGAGUAUUGGCAAUAAGGGAUCCCGCUCAAGCAAUCAGCACAGCUCAGAGUUUCGUGUGAUUGUAAAAGAAUACUUUUUAAAGCUGCUUCCUGUACCCUUAGUAUGGUCUGACUGUUUAAGGGAUUAGACUUAAACUAACAUUUUUCCUGCUGCAUGAAAGCUUCACCAUAUAUCUAAUGAGCUUCUGUCAGUGCAUAACCGGUCCAGGCUUCCAUGCUUUAGCAGUCUUCCCCUGGGUAUAGAGUAGUCAGGAGCCAGAUGCUCAGCUGGGGUAAACCAGUGUCACUUCCUUGCUGCCUAUUUAGCUACCGUGGUUUAUAGCAGCUGAGAGUUAGGCCCUAAAUGUACAGAACAGCCAAACUGCCAUUUUUGUUUAAAGUAGCCCUUCUGCUAUAGAAAACACCAAAACUUAAGACUGUAAUAUUGUUUGUGCUAUUUAAUACUUCCUAUUUUAAAGAUUCCUAAAUAAUGUAUAUAUAUAUUAUUUUUUUCCUUGCAAAAAAAAGAAGUCCAAAAGCAAAAUGACUUACAGGCAUAACUUCACCAAAUGUAAAGAUAUGUUCUCUGCUAAGAACUUCACUGUGUACUGGGUUUGUAUUUUUUUCUUUUGGCUGCUUUUAUUUUGUGUAGUUUGUAAAGAUUGCUGCGAUCUUGACCUGACUAUGUGUUCUUUGCAAUUGUUACUGUAGAUAUGAGUGUUUUAUGCAGAACAACCUUGGUUUUAAAAGUGUAGGUCUGUGUAUAAGUUCCUAGCAUGAUGAAACUGUCAUUACAGUGAAUAUGCAUUAUUUAGUGUGUAAGAAAGAACAAAAUGUAGUUUAACAUAGUGCUAUUUAAUUGAAUAUCUAAAAUACUAUUUGCCUGACAAAUAAAGUGUGUUGCAACUACUUAGAAA